UACUCUGCUGUACUAUCAUAUAUUCUGCUGCACUAUCACAUAAUACUCGACGUCUUCCAUAGCGCUAUGACCUGUCGCCUAUCCAUAUACACACAAUGGCUACCUCCGUUGCUCCCAUGUCCGUGUUGGACGGGAAUAAUCUAGAUGAGAGCGAUUACGGAUCUGAUUUCUCCGUAGGAGAAGAGGUUAUUGUAAAUCAACUUCUCGAAGACAUUAGAAAUAAGUCUGCCUCGCCGAGUGAAAGCGCGAGUACCUUUUCUAGCCCUCCUCAAUCCGCCUCGCCUCGGCAUACGGUUGCCAAAGCCCCGGGAAACCUGUCUGUCCUAUCAUCGUCACCUGGUCGCUCGAUAGACACCUUGUCCAACAAGGCCAACGCCCCAGCAAGGAGUCGUAGGCAAUAUAGCGAUGAUUCGAACACCGGCUUGAAUGCAAAUACGCAUGCGCCGCUACACAUCCCAUCCGACGACGUUCGGUACCCGGAUCUUAGCCAUGCCCUUUCGAGCACUAAACCUGGCAUAGCUACCGAACCAGAGACUCCUAAGCCGCCGAAAGAUUCCCGGUCUCCUCUACAGCGCUUUCGUUCCUUCCCGAAGAAGCCGCUGACCGUAUCCGACCUGUCUUCAGGCGCCUGGUGCGAGCUGCAAUAUUGGUAUACGCUCACUCGGUUGCCCGGAGGGAGGAAGACGCGAACGGCGGCGAUGCGAGGCGGCACCCGAGUUCAUCAGACGUUAGAGGAUCAGGUCCAUACCACGGUCCAAGUGAACAUAGCCAACAAAGAGGAGGCGUUUGCGCUACGGUUGUGGAACGUCAUCCAAGGACUCCGCACGCUUCGAGACGCCGGCAUGACCAGAGAACUGGAAGUGUGGGGGAUCAUCGAGGGUCAGAUCGUCAACGGUAUAAUAGACGAGAUAAGUCACGAGAGUCCAAAUCCCGCUUUCGAGCAGGAGCUCAGCCUCUCCCAAUCAUCUAGGGGUUUCGUUGAAACCCACCUUAAAGAGCAAUCGGUCAUAACGGAUUAUUUGGAACCGCAUCGCAAGACGUUUUACCUCACCGACGUCAAGACUCGCGCGUCGGAAAGACUACCUACCGGUGCAGCUCUUCGGCCGGCGAGGGUUCAGCUGUUCUUGUAUCACCGUCUCUUAGGGGAGAUGGCCUCCGGUACGGUAGACUUUGAUAUUAUACUGGAUCGGUACGGGUUGAGAGCCGAGGCACUAUUUUCAGACGCCUUCAUGGCCCAGGUAGGUGAUCUGCACGACGAAAUAUUCUACGACGCGGAUUCAGACCUCGGGGGAACGCCGUCAACCCCCCAUUCCACCUUUUCCGGGCAAGGGGCCGCAUCGAGUCAAUCGUAUCAAAUGAUGCCGCCCGCAGAAUUGAUCAGGUACCGAUCCAUCGCGCAGAUGCUUCCCCUGCUGCGGUCCGAGCUGCGGGAGACCUUCCCGCGCGGCGCCGCCACGCUAGGCGAACUUCUCGCCGUCCAGUACCGUCACAGGGACGACGGCCGCAUCCUCGGGAAUAACGCGUUCCCCAACGAUCCCGAAGCGCUCGAAGUAUAUCUAAGACAGGACCUAGAAUGGUGGCGCGGAGAGAGGGAGGCCGAAGGGGUCUCCAUCGAAGAGACUUACAAAUGUCGAUCGUGCGAAUUCGCAGAGAGCUGCCAAUGGCGAAAGGAUAAAGAAAUCGCGAUCCUACAGAAGACGAGGAGCGCUUUGCGCACUAGCAGCUGAUAUUUUUUUACGCGGUUUCGUUUCCAAGCA